AAUUAUUUAAUAUCAUUCUUAGGAAAUUGAAAUUUGGGAGUAUUUAUCAAAAUGGUGUUUUACCCAACAAAAUAUUAAGGAUGAUCCAACAAAUUGGAAUAAAGAUGAUAUUAUAAGAGUUGAAAGUGAAUUAUAUAGAUUUAUUCCUUUAAUUCGAUUCUAUGAUAUUGAACCUACUGAUUUCUUUUACAAAGUUUAUUGUUACAAAGACAUCUUACCACAAGAUUUAAUUCAUGAUCUUUUGGAAUAUCAUAUAGUUCCUAAUGUGAAACCUAAAACCAGUUUACCAACUUCAAGAAAACAAAAAUUAAAUUUUCAAAUUGAUUCAACAUUGAUUGAAAAAAAUGUUCCUUACGAUUUUAAGCUAUUAUAUCGCUCAAGUCAAGAUGGAGUUGAUACUAAAUCUUUUCAUAAAAAUUGUGACAAUAAAGGAGCUACUAUUUGGAUAGCAAAAAUUAAAGAUUCAACACAAUUAAUUGGAGGGUAUAAUCCACUUAAUUGGAAUGGAAGUCGUUCUCGUUGGGAUGCUACAGCAGAUAGCUUUAUUUUUAAUUUUAAAAAUAGAAAAGAUAUUUCUACUUCAAAAGUCAGUUAUGUUAAGAAACAAGAUCGAGCUGUUUGGAAUAGUUAUAGUUACGGUCCAACUAUGGGUAAUUUAUACAAUUGUAAUAAUAAUUGGUCUAAUAUAGAACGUGGCCAUGGUGAUAACUAUCCAAACAUAGGAAUUCCAGAAAAUUUUGAAGUAGAAGAUUAUGAAGUAUUUCAAGUAAUUGAAAAGUAA